AUGGCUGACGAAACAACACCAUUGACCGGAACCACCGGUAAUCCCCACGUGGAGCCCAACCCUAACCUCAAAUCGAAAAGCUUUUUCAAAACAAGACCAGUUAAAAAGUUCAGCUACUUUAUUAUACCUACGCUAUUCAUUUGCUUUUUCAUGUACAGAUUCUUUCAAUUUGAAACGAAAGUUGCAUCAACGUCGUUGCUCGGUCCGUCGUUAACGUUGAGAUUAUACACAAACAACAUUAGAUAUGACAAUAUCAAUUAUCGUGACCCGCAUGAAAAAUUAUGGACUAAGCGUCGAGUUCAAAGCAUCAACUCCAUGGAGUUCAAUACUGCUAUUGGACACGCCAAUGUGAUUUGUUUACAAGAGGUACUCGUCAACCAAUUACACGAUAUUUUGAAUGGAUUGAAUGCCAAUGAUGAUGAUGAAUGGACGUAUUAUGGUGUUGGGAGAACCGAUGGCGUUGAAGCAGGUGAGUUUGCUCCUAUUCUUUUUAAACACAGGGACUUUUUUGUAUUGGAAAACACAACAUUCUGGUUAAGUCCAACUCCAGAUAGACCAAGUAAAGGGUGGGAUGCGGCUUUGGAAAGGAUAGUUACCAUGGUGACUUUCCAAAGUAAGCUUAACCCAUUGAUCAAGUUUAACGUUUUCAAUACGCAUUAUGAUCAUCGAGGACACAUUGCCAGACGCCGGUCGUCGCAGUUAAUUGUUGAUAAAAUGAAGAAUUAUAAUGGGUAUCCAUCCUUCCUUUGUGGCGAUUUCAAUACUGAACCAAGAGAUGAACCUUAUGGAAUCUUGACUGCUGCUGGAUUUAAAGAUAGUAGAAUUUUGAUUGACAAGCGUUUUUCCUAUGGACACGAGACUACAUUUACUGGCUUUGACGUGACUAAUGAACCUUACUCGAUUAUCGAUUACAUUUGGUCCCCUUAUUUUACCAAACAACAUGUGAUCAAAGAUGCCCCUUACAAUGAAGAUGAAGCAGCCAAAGAAGCUUUGACAAUGAACAAUUACUACAAAUUAGAUCACCAUGAGUAUUAUUCUAUUAUCUUGAAACAGUUCGGUAUCUUGAGCAACUUUUUGAAAGGGUUCCACUUUUCUGACCAUCGACCAGUAGUUGCUACUUACGAAAUUGAACGAACAAGAUUGUUUUAG